AAUCAUACAAUCAGCACCUAUAGAAUGUUGUUGGUUUCUUCGUGUUUGAUUAAGAACAAUGUUUUAGCGAUACGAAUUUUACAAAUGGAUUAACAAACUAGUAAUUGGAAAUAAUGAGUACUUGAUUCGUGUUUCAUGCAAAGAAAUGUAGCUACUGAAAGGAUCUUAUAUUGAAAUAGGAAAUAAACGAGAUCCUUAUUUUCCAGAGUCCAAUGUCAGACGGGAUAAGACUAGACUACUCUCCAAUGGAUAUUGGCGUUGAACAAAAACUUGAUAGUGGCAUGCAUGCCAAUUCUGAAACUGAAUCCAAAGCAGAAAAAACAUCUGAGGAGCUUCAUAAAGAUAGCACUUCUGUGGGACUUAAUGAUGAACAAAAACCGGAUACUAGCACACAUGUCCAUUCAAAAAUAAUGGAAAUAAUGGAAGAAACUCAAACUAAACAGACGAAAAUGUCAGAAGAAUGUGACAGAGAGAGGACUUCAGUAGGGCAUUAUGUUGAACACAAAAGUGAUACAAGUACACGGAUCCAUUUCGAAACUGUAGCAGAAACUGAGAAGACGAUGACAUCAAAAGAGCUUGAUAAAGAGAGUGAUCUAGUGGUACCAAUUGAGGAACAAAAACCUGAUAAUGAUAAACUUGCCAAAUUUGAUGAAAAUAGAGAAACUGAAGUUGCAAAGAGGAUAGUGUCAGAGGAGCUUGAUAAAAUAAGUGAUCUAGUGGUACCUAUUGAGGAUGAGGAGCAAAACCCUGAUAAUGAUAAACUUGCCAAUUUUGAUGAAAAUGGAGAAACUGAAGUUGCAAAGAAGAUAGUGUCAGAAGAGCUUGAUAAAAUAAGCACCACUUUGAUGGGACGUCAAGAUGGACAAAAAUCCUAUACUGGCACCAAAGUCCAUUCAGGAGUUGCGGUAAAAUAUGAAACUGAACAGACGAUUAUGUCAGAAGAGCUUGACAAAGAUAGAGAACAAGAUUUGAUAUUUGAAAGGCCGAUGUGUUUGAUUUCAUCCGACAAUGGACGUCUUGAAGUUGUAGAUGACACAGUAAGGGCAUUAGAGAAAAUUGAGAUGCCAUUAAAUGUUGUAGCUAUAGCUGGCCUUUAUAGAACAGGUAAAUCCUACCUGAUGAAUCGAUUGACUGGAAGAAACUCUGGGUUCCUGAUGGGUAGCUCAAUAGAGUCAUGUACUAAAGGUAUUUGGGCCUGGUGCAGACGACACCCUAAAAAACAAAAUGAAGUAUUACUGUUACUUGAUACUGAAGGUUUAGGAGAUGCUACGAAGGGGGAUAUCGACCAUGACAAUAAAAUAUUUACUCUGACUACUUUAAUCAGCAGCACGUUAGUCUACAAUGUGAUGUCAGCUUUUAAUCAAGAUGCAGUUGAGAAACUAACGUAUCCUUUUUCUGCUGUUUUAAUUUCUUUUUCAUCGCGUAUUGCAAGACGCUAUUAGGUCUGCUCAUGUCAUAUGUAGACAGUUGGUUGUAAUGGAUAUACAUUACUAUGAAUUUCAAGAAUAUUACUAUGAAUUUCAAGAAUAAGCGUCCUUUUUAAUAUAUCAUGGACUGUUAC